GUUUUUAUACAUAUUUCGGACGAAGUCCACUCGUGGUCGUGGCAGUUUAUCAAUGAAAUAGGUUGACUGCUGAAGUGGUGACGGAUUUAAAGUGAUAAAAUACUUAGGAUUAAGAUUGAGAUAAAAAUCAUUCAUUUUUGCGAUAUCGUCGGAUUCGACCACAUUUUCCAAGCGUCUGUGAAGACGUGAAAAUUUACGUAAAAUUACUAUUACUGUGACUGAGUUUAAUCUUUCCUGAUUUAUUUCCACGCAUACUUGGUCUUGCUCUUUGUUGUUAUUUACUAUUUUGUCUUAGUAUUUUAUUUGUCCUUUUUCUGAGAGUAAUAAAAAAAGAUCUGUCUGACGACAUUGACAUAUCUUUCAUGACAUAUCUUUGUUUUGACAUUUUCCCGUCAAUAACUUGAUUCGAUCGGUUAUGUGUACUGUACAUAACCUAGUUUUUUUUUUUGCUUAAAAGUUUGAAUAAAUGUAUUAAAAAUCGGAAAAACAGAUGCCCUGAUAAUCAGAUCUUACGUAACUUGUAUAUUAGUAUCAUCGGCCGAUGUUUCACGUUGAUACGCCGCGUGACGUGCAAGUUAUGGUACUAUCUCGUACUAUUGAAAGAAAGUUUGAUAUUUAGGUCAAUGGUGAACCGGUAACGUAGGUGCUGACGUACAUAGCAGACGAGACUUAACUGAGAAACGGCGGGGAGCAUCAGUCUGCGCCGAUAACCGCUCGGUUAACACGCCGUCACUCGGCACUUCCUGGUUAAUUUUAUUAAAUUCGUGAAAGUUACUGUGAGCGACAAUGGGAGGCAGAGUUGAGAAUGUCGGCGUGCUCGCCAUGGAAUUAUACGUGCCUUCCCAGUAUGUGGACCAAACGGAGCUCGAGAAAUACAACGGCGUGUCCCCGGGAAAGUAUACAGUUGGAUUAGGUCAAAGCAAAAUGGGCUUUUGUUCUGACAGAGAGGACAUUCAAUCCUUAUGUCUUACAGUCUUGCACAGACUGAUAGAGAAGAAUAACAUUAAUGUACACGAUAUAGGUCGCCUGGAAGUGGGCACUGAAACUAUUAUAGAUAAAAGUAAGAGUGUCAAAACUUUUCUAAUGACCUUAUUUGCGAAAGAAGGUGCUACAGACAUUGAGGGCAUUGACACUACAAAUGCUUGUUAUGGAGGCACUGCUGCUCUCUUUAAUGCUAUCAAUUGGGUGGAAUCCUCAUCUUGGGAUGGUAGAAAAGCCAUAGUUGUGGCUGGCGACAUUGCAGUGUAUGGCAAGGGCCCAGCACGGCCUACGGGCGGAGCUGGAGCAGUGGCUCUGCUUAUCGGCCCCAAUGCACCAUUAGUGUUUGACCGUGGGGUGCGAGCUUCAUAUAUGGCACAUGCAUAUGACUUCUAUAAGCCAGACUUGGCUUCAGAGUUUCCAUUAGUAGAUGGAAAACUUUCAAUCCAAUGCUACCUCAGUGCUUUAGAUAGUUGUUAUAAUUUAUUUUGUAAGAAAAUGAGAAAGACAGAUCCAGACUUCAGAGGACUGUUGAGUUUAGAUGGAAUGUUGUUCCAUUCUCCAUACUGCAAAUUGGUGCAAAAAUCAUUAGCUAGAGUAUGUUUUAAUGAUUUCCUAAAUUCACCACCAGAGGUCCGGGAACAGCAAUUUCCGGGUCUGUCAAAGUUUAAAGACUACAAGUUAGCAGACACAUAUUUUGAUAGAGAUGUUGAGAAUGCCUUCAUGACAUACAGCCAGAAGUUGUUUGAUGAGAAAACAAAACCAUCUCUAUAUAUAUCUCGUAAUGUUGGAAACAUGUACACACCGUCUCUCUAUGGAGGUCUGGCUUCAUAUCUCGUAAGCAAAUCUCCUAAAGAGUUAGUGGGAAAGAAGUUUGCAUUAUUUUCAUAUGGAUCUGGGCUAGCAUCCACAAUGUACUCUAUAAACAUCUGUGAUGAUGUUUCAAAGUUAAAUGGGUUGAUAGAUUCAUUGAAGCUUUCCGUUUCACUCUUAGACAAAAGAGAAAGUGUAGAUCCAGCUGUAUUCUCUGAUAUCAUGGACUUGAGGACUGCCAACUAUCACACGGCGCCAUACACACCGACGGGGUCCAUAGAUGUGUUGUUCCCCGGCACUUACUACCUCACAAAUAUUGAUGACCAAAGACGACGCACAUAUGAUAGGAAAGUAUGAAGAUUGGUGAAAGAUUAGUUUAGUUUAAUUUUGUGCUUAUGGUGCAGGAGACAGAACUUGUCUCUAUAAAUAUUGGAUAAAUUAUUUAUUUAGUGAUUUUAUUACUUAUUUAUAUUCCAGGGUCUACUGUUUAUUGUAUAUGUUAUUUAUAUAAAUUAUUUAUUGGGUUUCUUCAUGUGUUGGUUGAUAUUAUAAUUUUUUGAAUGCUGGUUAGACAGGGUUUUAGGGUUGUCACAGAAAUUAUUACUAAAUAAAAUAUAGUUAUAAUUUUAUAUGAAAUACAAGCUGUAUUAGAUCUAACUGCAAUUUUUUGCCUAUCAGCAUUCAUUGUAUUAUAUAAUAUUUGUAUUUUUAAUAAAGGUAUCACACAAAUUGAUGAAAAUAUAACAUUAAAAAAGAUUUUUUUUAAAUGUGUGUGUAAAAUUACCUUAUUCACAUUAAAUUAUUUUGAAUAUUGAUGCAAUUUAAAAAUAAUGCAUAGAAUGCAUUUAUUAUCAUGAAAUACCCAUCUCUGUGAUGUAAAAAUUAGGAGUAAAACAUUAUUAUUUACCUCACAUUUAAAUUACAACUUAGCCAAUUUAUUUUAUUAGCAGUAUCUUUGUAAAUGCCAUUUCCAUUCAAAUUGUUUUGAAAUAAGAAUAUUAUUUAAUAAAUUAUCACGUUUGUUACAAGCUCGCCAUUCUCUUAAGAAAUAUAAGACAAAGUUAUUGCAUAGACUACAGACCUUGAACUCUGUAAUAGAUAAGACCUGUGGAUAAGACACUAUCAAUUUUAUGACAGUUUCAUCCAUGCUACAGAAUAUCCUCACAGAAAUUUCUCGAUUAUUGAGCAUUUAUUUUUAAUCUAAUUUGAAAAUGUUAUGUAUGCUUUACAUAAGUUCAUUCUUAUAUUAAACGUCAAAUAAAGAAAACAGAUUCGGUGAAUA